UUAGAGGCAUUCAUUGUAUAUAAAGUAAAGAGGAAGCAAAUGUGCAAACGGAGUUUUUGCAGCUCAUAAAUUUAUUGGCUUAACCUGGCGACAGGAGUGAAGCUCGUACCGUUCAUAUAUACGAUUACACCAAGAGAUUUCAGUUUUAUUAUUACGUGCAAAUGGCCAUGUCGUCGUGGGAUAUCAUUGAUCAUCGAUAAUUGGAAGAAAUUAAUACGAUCUACACUCGAAACGAAAUUAAUUAAAGGGAAUCGUGUUGGCGAACGAUUUGUCAAGCGACUGCAUUGAAAAAUGUGGAAAUUAUUCAUUGCAAAUGUACUUUUAAUCUAUUUCAUACAGUGCAAGGCUCAAUCAUAUGAAGAUAAAAGAUGCAAGUGCAUCUGCCCGAGUAUUGCUUCUGUAUUAAACACUACGUCAGGUGAUAAAAAUGUUUUAAAUUUUAUUACCAACGUUCCAGCAACUAAAUGUAAUUGCGAAGGAGUAGUCUUACCCAAAAUUGGAGAUAAAAUUAAGGAAAAAGAACAAAUCUUCUGUCCUCGUUGCGAUUGUAAAUAUGAAAAUAGAAACACCACAAUUAUUAAAAUUGUAGUUAUAAUUGUUAUAUGGGUUAUAUCUUUAUUAGUUAUUUAUAUGUUAUUUUUAAUUUGUUUGGAGCCCUUACUGAAUAAACGAUUACAUAAAGCCACUGGUGGUGUUGGUUAUCAAGAACAUAAUAAUGAAGAAGAUGAUACUUCUGUUGCACCUGGAAUGUCACAUGCAAUGGGCGUUAGAGGAAAUGUGUUAAAUCGAGUGGGACAUCAGCAAGACAAAUGGAAGCGUCAAGUCCGAGAACAAAGACGUAAUAUUUAUGAUCGUCAUACCAUGCUAAAUUAAAAUAGUAUAAUUGGAACGUUUUCCAAAAUCACGUUUUAUAUAUAAAUUUUCGUAUAAUUUAUUAUUAAUAAUCAUUUGGAAAUGUUCAG